AUGCUUCAGCGAGUUAGUUUUGCAACUCCACUAUCUUCCGACCAAGUUGUUGAUCCGUCUGCUAACAAGCUUGUGGAAAAUACGAAAAAUGCAAAGUUGAACCAUCCUCUGGCAAAAAAAUCGAAGCCGGCUGACGACUUCGUUGAUUUUAUCUCGCUGGCCAAUAAACAAAGUGAAGUGGUUCAGAAAAUUUCUGAGUUGGAGAGCAAAAUUACGAAACAAUCUGCAAUGGCGAAAGACUUGACUAGUCAACUGACGAAUUUCAUCGAACUAAUUGGGAAUGUAUCUUCUAGUCAAACUAGAGUUAAAUCUCGAUUGGAAGAACAGUCUACAAAGCUGGCUAGUACUGAAGAGAACAUAGCUGGUUUAGUUUCCAAAGCGGAUUCGAUGUGCAAAACAUUCGAAGAGAGAAAAACUGCCCGUGCAGAAUACUCGGCUGGACUGGCUGAAUUGCAAGCAGCUAUCGCUUAUGUUAAUUGCAAAUCCAUCGAAAAUACGACCGAAACUAUUGGGGAAUACGAUAAGAUGCUAGAGAUCGUUUCCAAAAUCGAAACAUUGGUCGACAGAUUUUAA